AUGUCAUACAAACCCAGACCAGAAAAUAAGUUAAAACAAGAUUAAUUCACAAAAGAAAUUAAACCAAAUAAUUUACCAAAUAAUAUCCUAAAUAUUAGCAACAGUUAAGAAAUUUAUUUCAAUACUAAAGGUUAUUAUUAGGAUUUAUAAUUGAGGAUAUAGGGUUAAAAAAUUCAGGUAUUUCAUUUUAAUCAUUUAGUUGGAUGGCAUUUUAGAGAAAAGCUUAAAAAUUUUAGAUGAGGAAUAGCAAAAAUAAUAAUAUGAAGGAAUAAUUUGA